CAACCCCCACAACCCCCACAACCCCUACAACCCACAACCCCCACAACCCCCACCACCCCCACAACCCCCACAACCCCCACAACCCCCACAACCCUCACAACCCCCACAACCCCUACAACCCCCACAACCCCCACAACCCCCACAACCCCCACAUUCCUAAUUAAACUAAUUGCUUCAAACGACGUCCUUAUGUCAACUAUUAGCGAUCACAAUCUUGUUUACAUCUCGCUGAAGUUAAAAAAGCCAAGGAUCAAGCCCUGUUAGGUCACUAUUAGAAGCUAUACUAAUUACAGCGCCGACAAUUUCCUACGUGAUUUGUCAUAUGCGCCUUUUCACAUAAUAAGCCUAUUUGACGAUUUCAACGAUCAAGUUGAUGUAUUCAACGAACUGUUCUUGGAAGUACUAAGUCAACAUGCUCCAGUCAAGAGGGUUAAAAUUAGAUCUAAACCUAACCCCUUUAUAACACCAGAAAUUCGUCAACUAAUGAGAACGCGCGACCAAUGGCGCAAACUUGCGGGAAAAACAAAUGACCCUUUCCACUGGAACGGAUACAGAUUUUUUCGUCAAGAAGUGAAAAGGGAGAUUCGUGUGGCCGAAAAAGUUCGCGUCAGGACUCAGAUCCUGGAUAGCAAUGGAAAUUCUAACUCAAUUUGGAAAAUCAUUAACCGGUGUCUACCACGUAAACAACAAGAUAGUUUUAUGGCUUCUGAGGAUCCCAAUGGGUUAGCUAACGAAUUAAAUGAUUUCUUCACUUCCGUCGGCAGUAUUACUGCUCAAAAAGCCAGGGACUUAUCUUUACAUCAUGGACUUAAUGUAAAUUUGGAUGUGCCGACUCCUUUACACAUAUCCACCGACGUUAGCCCCGAAUUAUUCGUUCUCCAUCAAGUCACGGAAAAUCAGGUAGAAAGGGUGAUUAGAAGCCUACCAUCUAACAAAGCUCCUGGAAUGGACAAGAUAUCUUCUAGAAUUCUUAAAGACAGUUUACCCAGUACGCUAACAACAAUUACCCACAUUGUGAAUAACUCCUUUGUUACCAACACAUUUGCACGUGCAUGGAAAACAGCAGAGGUUACACCUAUUCUCAAAUGCGGUAAUCCAGAUGUCCCUAACAACUAUCGCCCCAUCUCAUUAUUACCAAUAGUCUCAAAAGUCACUGAAAGGUUGGUACAUGGACAACUUAUGGAGCAUCUAAUUAGAAAUAAUAAACUGGCAGCACAUCAGAGCGGAAAUAGAAAGCUUCACUCGACAGAAACAGCUCUGUUGUACGUUACAGAUCAGUUGCUCCAGGCUAUGGAUAACAAGAAAGUUUCCAUCAUGGUCUUAUUAGAUAUGUCUAAAGCAUUUGAUAGUAUUCGACACGACAUCUUGUUAUCCAAGCUACAAAAUCUCGAUUUUUCCCAGGGUGCGUUGGAUUGGUUUCAGAGUUGCCUUUCUAACCGACAACAGUGCGUUCGAAUUGGUGACACAGUUUCUAAAGUACUCCCACUUGAGUUCGGAGUUCCGCAAGGCUCUAUUUUAGGUCCGGUUUUGUUUACAAUCUAUGUUAACGACCUCCUUUCUGUUCCUAAACGUUGUCUAUCUGCCUCCUAUGUUGAUGAUUGUAAAUUGUAUUUGUCCUUUUCACCUGCCGAAUUACCCACGUCCAUCCUCGCCUUAAACGAAGAUCUUACGAGAAUAUCUCAGUGGUGCUGUAAAAACUCUCUUUUGAUUAAUCCGGACAAAACUAAGGUUCUAGCUGUUGGAUUACCACAACUUUUAAAGAAACUGUCAUCAUUCAGUAUAACACUUUUUGACAAGGAAAUAACACCUGUGCCUGUCGUUAAGGACUUGGGUGUUCUUCUCGACACACGCCUCAGUUAUAACCAACAUAUCACUGAGAUUGCCUCUAAAUGCCUUUUUAAAUUGUACCAAAUUAACAGAAUCAAGCACCUCCUGGAUAGGAAAACACUUCUGUUAGUAAUAAAUUCAUUUGUCUUUAGUAAACUCCAAUAUUGUUCAACUGUCUGGAGUAAUACCAGCAGCAGCAAUAUUGACAAGUUACAAAAAGUCCAAAACUUUGCUGGGCGAAUUAUUCUGGGACUAAGAAAGUAUGACCAUAUUUCGGAUGGGUUGCGAUCGUUGAAAUGGCUUCCUAUUAGAGAGAAACUCAUUCUAAAUGACGCUACUAUGAUGCACAAAUGUAUUAACAAGCUUGUUCCAGACUAUCUUGCUGAUAUGUUUAAAUCACGUUCUCAAGUCCAUAAUAGACAAACUCGAUCAUCUGGUGCUUUGGAUAUACCUUUAUGUCGCCUGUCAACAGGGCAGCGCUCCUUUGCUUUCAGAGGAGCUAAACUCUGGAACUCCUUGAAUGAUAACAUAAGUCCUUAAAAUGCCCCAGGAAUUUUAGACGUCAUCUUGCAAAUGUUUUAUUAAGUUGAUAUAUUAUAUUAUUGAUCUAUAUCUUGUAAUUAUAAUAUUAUUGUAUUUACAUUCUCAAUUAAUUUAUAUAUUUGUAUUUUUUUAUUCUAUUGAGCUGAAAAGCCCACUUAGGGAGCAUCAAUAAAGUGUAAAGUGUAUGUAUGUAACCCUCACAACCCCCACAACCCCCACAACCCUCACAACCCCCACAACCCCACAACCCCCACAACCCUCACAACUCCCACAACCCCCACAACCCCUACAACCCCUACAACCCCCACAACCCCUACAACCCUCACAACCCCCACAACCCCCACAACCCUCACAACCCCCACAACCCUCACAACCCCACAACCCCCCACAACCUCACAACCCUCACAACCCCCACAACCCCCACAACCUCACAACCCCACAACCUCACAACCCUCACAACCCCACAACAACCCCACAACCCCACAACCCCACAACCCCACAACCCCACAACCCCACAACCCCACAACCCCCACAACCCCCACAACCCUCACAACCCCCACAACCCCCACAACCCCCACAACCCUCACAACUCCCACAACCCCCACAACCCCCACAACCCUCACAACCCUCACAACCCCCCACAACCCUCACAACCCCCACAACCCCCACAACCCCACAACCCUCACAACCCCCACAACCCCCACAACCCCCACAACCCCCACAACCCCUACAACCCUCACAACCCCACAACCCUCACAACCCCACAACCUCACAACCCCCAGAACCCCACAACCCCCAACAACCCCCACAACCCCCACAACCCUCACAACCCCCACAACCCCCACAACCCCCACAACCCCCACAACCCUCACAACCCCACAACCCUCACAACUCCCACAACCCUCACUAGCCCUUACAACCCCUACAACCCCCACAAACCCCCAACCCUCACAACCCCCACAACCCUCACAACUCCCACAACCCCUCACAACCCCACAACCCUCACAACCCCCAACCUCACAACCCCACAACCCUCACAACUCCCACAACCCCACAACCCCACAACCCCUACAACCCCUACAAACCCCACAACCCCCACAACCCCACAACCCUCACAACUCCCACAACCCCUACAACCCCUACAAACCCCACAACCCCACAACCCCACAACCCUCACAACUCCCACAACCCCUACAACCCCUACAAACCCCACAACCCCCAACACCCCCACAACCCUCACAACUCCCACAACCCCUACAACCCCUACAAACCCCACAACCCCCACAACCCCUACAACCCUCACAACCUUCACAACCCCCACAACCCCUACAACCCCUACAAACCCCACAACCCCCACAACCCCCACAACCCUCACAACUCCCACAACCCUCACAACCCCCACAACCCCUACAACCCCUACAACCCCCACAACCCUCACAACCCGCACAACCCCCACAACCCCUACAACCCUCACAUCCCCCACAACCCCCACAACCCCACAACUCCCACAACCCUCACAACCCCACAACCCCUACAACCCCUACAACCCCACAACCCUCACAACUCCCACAACCCCUAACCCUCACAACCCCUACAACCCCCACAAACCCCAACCCUCACAACCCUCACAACCCUCACAACCCCCACAACCCCUCACAACCCCCACAACCCUCUCAACCUCACAACCCCCCCACAACCCCCACAACCCCCACAACCCCCACAACCCCUACAACCCUCACAACUCCCUACAACCCCCACAACCCUGA